ACUAAUUUGGUCGUUGAAGGCACUCGCCGUACCAUGGAAUUCAGAAGUAGCAUUGAAGCUGCAUCAAACUUCGUGUCCCGGAAUAGACUGCCUCCAAGGUUGAACAAACAGAUACUGGCUUAUAUGUGCUCGAGGUUCAAGGCUGAGAGCUUGAACCAGCAGGAACUGAUUGAGCAGCUUCCGAAAACCAUAUGCAAAGGCAUCCGGCAGCACUUGUUUUUCCCGACGGUGAGAAGGUCUAUCUAUUCAAGGGUGUCUCAAAGGAGAUUCUCCUACUCCUGGUUGCAGAUAUGAAGGCAGAGUACGUACCGCCUAGAGAGGAUGUGAUAAUGCACAACGAUGCCCCGGAGGAUAUUUACAUAAUAGCAUCCGGAGAGGUGGAAAUGAUCAGCUGUGAGAUGGAGAAAAAGAGAGUGGUUGGGAGCUUGCAGUCAGGGGAAAUAUUUGGAGAAGUAGGUGCACUUUGUUGCAGGCCUCAGAGCUUUACUUACCGAACCAAGAUGCUCUCACAGCUACACAGGCUCAAAACCAGUGCCCUGAUUGAAGCAAUGCAGAUCAAACAAGACGUCAAUGUCACCAUGUUCAAGAACUUCCUUCAGCAUCACAAAAAGCUCAAGGUUCUGAAAAUUGGAGAUAUAUGGCUUGAGGGUGGGGAAGAAGAUGAUGACCCGAACAUGUCUGUCAACUUGCUCACUGUCGCCGAUACUGGCAAUGCCGCCUUCCUUGAUGAGCUUCUUAAGGCAGGGUUGGAUCCUGACAUUGGAGACUGCAGAGGAAGAACCCCACUGGUAUGACUUUCCAAAUAUAUAUUAUGCAAUGAAAAUCUCUUUCUUUGUUUCCUAUGCAUCUCUAUGUUAAUUGAAAAGGCUUCACAGAAAGCGAUACGACCGUUUGGACCUUGUGGAGACUCUUACAGAAUAAAUGAGUACCCUAGAACUAGGGAUGUGUGCACCGAAUGGAACUUAGAAUGUGUAAAUGAGCGUGAAAAGCCGAAAACGUACUUUAGCAUUUGUCGCUCCAAUGAUCUUUGAAUUGGUCUCCCUUCGACCAACUUUUCAUAAAUAAAACGUCAUUAUUUUAAUUGUUCGUUUCCAUCAGCUUUUAAUACAAUGUAAACCUUAUUUAUCAAUAUAUAAUUUGUCUUAAUCCGAUUUAAUAUGAGAGCGAUACGACCGUUUUACUGGAAUAAUUUAUUUUUCGAUCAAUUGAGGGUAAAAUGGUCAUGUAUUUUGAUGUACAAAAUACUUUUCAUCAAAACCAACUUGGUAGGAAAUUAGAUUGAAUAAGCUUUCUAACGGUUCAA